AGCUCCGUCACCUCAACACUUCCCCCCCCACAUUGGCGCUAAUCCUCCCAACUCCUGCAUUUCUCGACUUUUUCACCCUUUUGGGUUGGGGGAGGUAAACAAAGGAAAUAAACAAUUUAGAGACCAUCAAUUCUGAGACAUCCACGCGCCGAGAUCUACCCUGGAUCGGCAUUCUACUAUCCCUCGAAUUCUCACCCCCGACAUAUCCCGCCUGGCCAGUUGACCGCAUCGACAGCCUCGCGCAACCAACACGAGUUGUCAGCCUCACCAAAUCCAUUCCACCCAGCGCAAACCGUGCAGGAAAAGGUGGGACAAGCUGGCAUCUAUGGUCCUGUCAAGGAUUUCUAGGUCGUCAAGAUCACAAACUUCCCCGCAAUAGUCCCGGAGCGCAUCCCUCUCAACCGCCGCCAGCCCAUGGUGGUGCGGGUACUGCGCUUGCAAAAUGGCCGCCUUCGUGCGCGUUUCAGGCCCGCCGAAUGGCAACUUUCUGAUUGGAUACCCUGGUAUUUCUGCGACUAUGCCUCGUGUGGAAGGUAAAGUCGAGAUCAGGCCUGGUGUCGGUAUUACCGCCCCCGUCAACGUGUCGCUGGUCACCAUAUCCCUUCAUCGUCGCGAGACAAUCCAUCCCUCGGCCGACUCGUUGACUAAGAGACGGCUUGCGCCGCCCCGAAAGGAGAUCACGGAUAUCGUGGGCAAGGAAAUGCUCCUGUUUCGCUGCCCGGCUGGUCGAGAAUACGAGGAGGUCAUUUCGAUGGACCUCCCUUUCGUCCUAUUUAUCCCGUUCGGGCGCGGUGGUCCCGAUGCCUCCCGACGAGUCCCCCCGGCCAGUCUACAGCUUCCCAGUCGCACGGCCGAGACUUACUACGAGAUUGUUGUGAUGGUUCAGCAAGGACAUUCGGAGCAACGGAAGUAUGCGUUUCCGGUCCCCAUCGCUCGGUACGACACGCUGUCGACGUUCGGAAUGUACAAUCGCCCAGAGUCAGCAGAGCGAGUGUCGGAUCAUUUGGUGACGCUGGGGAUAUCGCUCCCGCGUUGGUCCUACGGGCCGCUCGACCCUGUGAGCGUUUACGUCAAGCUAUCUCCCAAUCCCGAGUGGAUGGCGAAGGCUAGAAAGGUCACGAUCAGCAAAAUCACCAUCGGCAUCGACGAAGAGAUUAUAUACAACCACGAGGGCGAUGAGCCCCAGCGCAAAAUCAAGACACUGACCAAGCGGACAGAGGCCAUUGGUGUCAAGAUGCCCCCUACGGGGUACCUGACCAAUCUUGGUCUCGUAUUCCCAGCCAAGGACAUGCGAGAUGCAGAAGGCAUCCUCCCCAGAGGGAAGGCGGCGUUUCCGACGUAUGCGCUCAGCGGGUUCACUACCACGGCCAGUCUCUACAAAAUUGAAUACUAUUUAACCGUGAAGGCACAUCUCACGUCCGCGAGAGACAUCAUCAUCCGACAGCCGAUUGUGGUCUGCCCACUCGAUCAUGCCGGAUGCAAGGAAGAAAUGGAGGCGAUUGAACAGGCAGCGCGCGAUGCAAUCCAUGUGAACCCCGACAAUCCGAUGUUACCAUUACCUUCGAUAGUGCGGCCGGCCGAUAACAACGCCCUUCGUCAUCUCGGGGCGGCGAUCGUGGGCAACCAGAAGAAGCCCCUGAUCGAUUGAGCGCGAUGCGGCACCGGAUGGAGAGAGGUCAGAUAUACGCGAUGGAUGUCAGAAUUCGCUGCGCAUGUCACCUUCUGACAGCUUGCGACCACACGACAGACACACUAACGCUUUAUGAAUGCAUGGGACCCGGAGUUUUGUUGUUGCAUGGUGUUCGUGUGAGCCUUUAUUGCGUGUUCUACUGGCCCGGGGGUUGGCUUUGUUCGUUUCCACGAAGAGUCCCGUUAGGACCAGGGGCGGUUGCUCCCUAAAUGAUUCCCCAGUACUUGGAUUAAUGUGUAACAUUUAUACUUGAA